GUCACGCAGAUCAGCCCAGACCCUCAACCACUACCGACUUGCUCCAGCUCUUGUUUUAAGGUUCUUCAACCGUGUCUCCUUGACUUGAAAAAAAAACAUCAAACCAAUAACGAUAUUGUACAAUAAGGAUGGCCGGUUGGAAGUUAACACAAGCCUUGAAGGAUAAGAUCAGCCAUUUUGCUAGCUUCCCCCAAACUGGGGUCUCUUUGCGACAAAUGGUAAUGUUUGGCCAGAACCCGUCGGCAGGCACGUUAAUGAGGGCCAGUGAGUUUCUGCAUGAGGAACUGCCGAUCAGACUGGCUCAUCGGGUUAAAGAACUCAACGAGCUACCCAAUCGUCUCAAUGAAAUGCCGAGUAUCUUGAAAGUCCGGGAUUGGUAUGCACAAUCCUUUGAGGAACUAGUGAAUUUUCCUAGACCAGAAUUACCUCCAGAGAUAAUUGCUCACUUCGAAAAAGCCUUUACAAAAGGAGCUCCACUUCCAGCGUUGACCCCAAAUCCAAGUUUACCCCCACACAUGCAACGUCCCUUACUUGAUACCACAGGCAAACAGCGUCUGGGCUUGAGUCAAAGAUAUUACGUCGAUUUGGGAGAUGUGGUCUGGCCUCCCGAAGUACACGAUUACAACGAAAGGUUUACUCAAACCCUAUCAGUCAUCAAACGACGACACGACCCGGUUGUCACAACGGUAGCGCAAGGGAUUCUCGAAUACAAGGACUUCCUAGCGGGGCCGGGCCGGAGUGUGGGCACGAAGGCCUCCGCAAGCCCCAGCGUGAUCGACCGCUCCGUCCAGACCUUCCUCGAUCGGUUCUACAUGUCCAGGAUCGGCAUUCGGGUCCUCAUCGGCCAGCAUAUCGCCUUGAAUAAACUCGAACCCCAUCCAGAUUACGUCGGCGUCAUUUGCACAAAUACUAACGUCUAUCAGAUCUGUCGCGAAGCUAUCGAUAAUGCUCUGUUCAUUUGUGAGGAACAUUAUGGCCUGUUUAAAGGUCCCCCCGUUCAAUUGGUCUGUCCUAAAGACCUGGCCUUCAUGUACGUUCCGAGUCAUUUGAACCACAUGGUUUUUGAAGUUCUGAAGAAUUCGUUAAGAGCGGUAGUAGAAACGCACGGAGUCGAUGCGGAUGAAUUCCCGCCGAUCAAGGUGAUUGUCGCGCAAGGAGCGGAAGACAUAACGAUCAAGAUAUCCGAUGAGGGGGGCGGGAUCCCACGGAGUGCGGUGGGUCUGGUGUGGACCUACAUGUAUACGACCGCUCAGGCUCAACGACUUGACCAAGACUUCGAAGGAACUGAUUUUAAAGCUCCUAUGGCUGGCUUUGGUUAUGGGUUGUCAAUCGCUCGACUCUAUGCUCAAUAUUUUGGUGGAAACCUCAAGUUGAUAUCCAUGGAGGGAUAUGGGACUGACGUUUAUUUACAUCUUUCUCGAUUGUCAACUACCACUGAACCCUUACAAUAACUUCUCUUCCUUUUUGCAGAGUUUUUCUUCUUCUUUGUUUCAUUGGGAGAAUUCACACUUUCCUCCAUCCCUAUGAUCCAGUUUCGGGCUCUGUGUUGUCCUUUUUUUUUAAAAAAAAAAAA